AUGGAAGGAAAAAUCCUUGUCACAUUUGACAUUGAUGGAACAUUAAUGCUUGCAGGAAAUCAUGGCCAAGAUCAUAGAGAUUCCAUGAAGCAUGCUUUAAAUGUAUUAUACGGCAUCAAUCUUUGUCCAAGCGAAUUUCUCAAAACACACUUCGCUGGAUAUUCGGAUUACAAGAUUGUUACUGAGUGUAUCAUGAAGGCCGCUAACGAAAAAGAAGUUACACCUGAAGAAGUUUACAAAUUUUAUGACAUUGCAACAGAAAAAUUCAAAGAAAUUCAUACAGGAAAUACAAUUGUUUAUCCAGGCGUAUAUAAGGCUUUAGAGAACCUUAGCAAGCAUGACAAUGUUAUUAUUGGUCUCUGCACAGGUAAUAUUCCAGGAAUCGGAUGGACAAAGCUUGAAAAGACAAAUAUGGCACAAUAUUUCGACCGCAGACUUGGUGGAUUAGGUUCACAUCCUAAUCGUGCAGAUAUUUUACAAUCAGUUAUUGAUAAAGCCAAAGAAUUAUAUGGAAAGAUCGAUAGAGUUGUUCAUGUUGGAGAUGCGAUGCAAGAUGUCCAAGCAGCUCUUGAUGUAGGUGCUUUAGCAGUUGCUGUUGACACAGGAUCCCAAAAAGAUAAAGUUUUCAAGCAACCAUCUUUUGUUUUGGAGAACUUAGAAGUCGGAAUGAAUGACUUCAUGAGUAUUGUUCUUACAGGAAAAACUGUAAGUGGUGCUGAUCAUAUCGAUCAAAAAUUCAAAUAA